AAGGCAAUUGAAACCAACCCUAAGCUCUUUUUAUCUCCGCCCUAAAGGUAGCCCCGAUUAUUGGUGACUUAAGCAUCGGAGUGUCUACCCCGAGUUCCACCUCGGGUCAUCUCGGAGUACAAGUACGGAUUGAAGAGAGGCUUCAGGAACAUAAUCUUUAUCAUAUAAUGAGAGGACGUGAAGGACCUUUUCCUGAGGAGGAGAUUCGGAGCUUUAUGUCACAGAUGCUGCAAGGACUUGCUCACAUGCACAGAAAUGGAUAUUUUCACCGGGAUUUAAAACCUGAGAACUUGCUGGUCACAAAUGAUGUUCUUAAAAUUGCUGACUUUGGGCUGGCUAGAGAAGUAUCAUCAAUGCCUCCUUAUACUGAAUAUGUUUCUACACGGUGGUAUCGUGCUCCAGAAGUCUUGUUGCAGUCCUCUUCUUAUACCCCUGCAAUUGAUAUGUGGGCUGUUGGUGCAAUAUUAGCUGAACUUUUCACUUCAACCCCCAUUUUCCCUGGUGAAAGUGAAAUAGAUCAACUCUAUAAAAUAUGCUGUGUUCUGGGAGCACCAGAUUGGCAUUCUUUCCCUGAAGCAACAAAUAUUUCUUGUCUAGUCAAUAUUCCAUAUUCAGAAAUCUUGCCCACAAAUUUAUCUGACAUCAUUCCAAAUGCUAGUUAUAGAGCUAUUGAUUUAAUCAUGGUGGGUAUUCUAGGUGGCUACAUGGGUUCCUUACCACUCCAUGAUCCACUGGAGCUGAGUCUUAAUAAUAUAGGAGACAAGCCAAAUCUGGAGUUGAAUCUAUGGGACUCAGGCAGUGAACCUGAUGACUGUUUUCUUGGCCUGACCCUGGCAGUGAAGCCUAGUGUUUCAAACCUGGAAGUACCUGAUGUUAAAUUAUCCUCCGCAGAGGUGGUUGGCGGUGUAUCUCAAGGUAUGGGAGAGGAUAUACUGUUUUGUCCUAGUGUGAAAGAUCAUCCAGAACGAAUCAGGUAAUUCUUGCUUCCCUGCAUACUGUUUGGGAUUCAAGCCUUAUAGAAUAGUUAAAAAGCAAUUGUAAAAUGUGAUCACAGCCAGUGAAGUAGUAUGUUAUCUGAACUUAAAGCUGUAACAUGCUUUAUUUGUGGAAAAAGUUACAUGCUUCAUUUGUCAUUCUGAAGUCCCAGUCAUAUCAAUUUUUUUCUGAGAAAAGAGAAGAAAUUUGCCUUUUCAGCUAAUAGAUUGUAGUUUUUUGCCUUUCAGUUUUCUGGUCGCUACUUUCUCCUGAUCAAAAUAAAUUCAAAUGCCAGAUGAAUCUCCUGUGUCAAUCUCAUUCAGGUAAGGUUCUAAGUUCCUGCAAUCUCAGCUUAUGGUAAAACUGGUUUGUGUGUGACAACAGUGGAGAGACUGAUAUGGUCUAAUGAUCGGUAGUUACCAACAGGAAUAUAUCUUUCAACUCUGGCAUGAUAUAAUGUGAUUUAUUAGCAGUAGAAUCCAAAUUGCCAUUUAUAUUGUUUAAAGUUCUCUUUCUUUUGUCUUCUAGUUUCAUUGAUACAGCUUGACAUGACAUCUGCUUUUCCUGUUAAAAAUUUCCUUCCCAGCUCAAUUCAGCAUCCAUCUAUCAGAGUUCCUCAGUCAACUGGUUUUACAAUUGCAUCAUUGCAGCCCAAUAUUUUGGAACAUCAAUUAUUGGCCCUCUCAUCCACCUUCCAGCACAGUAAUUGCCUCUGAUUGAGUUGUUAGACUACUCUAAUAAGGAGUGUUUAUAGUAAGCAUUUGUAAUUUAUUCUUUUUUUCUUUUUGUAAAGUUCUAUUGGCUUCUAUUGCUGCCUGAUGUAGCUAUUAGCAUUUGCAUCACAGAAUCUGUCCGGGGAAUAUAGACUCGAAAGUGGA